AUGAGCGCCCCUCGUUUUCUACUCAUCAGCCUGGGAAAUCCAGAGCCACACUACAACACCCUUCACUCCGCUGGUCACCAUGCUCUCAACUCUCUACAAAAACUCCUGGGUCCCUCUCAACCCGCCUUCCAUAGAGGCCGCUUCGGUGGCAGCUCCUGCCUGGCCUCAAUCGGGCCCAAAUACGCAAUGAUCCAGAGCCCCUCCGUCAUGAAUGUAACCGGGAAAUGGUUGGCAAAAGCAUGGAAGGAAACCCUCGGCACCCGGAACCCAGCAGACCUGAGUCUCAUCCUUGUCCACGACGACCUGGAAGAGGACCUGGGCUUCGUCAAAACAAGAAAGUGGAAGAGCAGUCACAGAGGCCACAAUGGUAUCAAGAGCGUCAACAACUGUCUCCGCGAGGCAGAUUACCCAGAGUCAAAAUGGGCGAGGAUAGCAGUUGGCAUUGGACGGCCCGAUCAGCGCGAUCACUCUACGGUAUCUAACUACGUCCUGAAGCGCAUGACCAAGGACCAAUGGUCUGCCCUCGAAACCAACGGAGGCCCUGGCGUGCUUGAGUGCCUUCUCGCAUUCGAGGAGAAGCUUGACGCUGCAGCGGGGAAGUGA